CCAGACAAAAAAAAAAAGACAAAAAAAAAAAAAAGGUACGACGAACGAACGAACGAACGAACGAACGAAGAACACACCAAAUCAAGAACGGAGCAAAUUCCAAAACAGGGAUUAACACAGACCUAACACCACAACCAAACAGAGGAUGUCUUCAACCUUCAGCGGCGAUGAAACAGCUCCUUUCUUCGGCUUCAUCGGAGCCGCCGCAGCUCUCGUUUUUUCAUGUAUGGGUGCUGCAUAUGGGACAGCGAAGAGUGGGGUGGGUGUGGCUUCCAUGGGAGUGAUGAGGCCGGAGCUUGUAAUGAAAUCGAUCGUGCCGGUGGUUAUGGCUGGAGUUUUGGGAAUCUACGGGUUGAUCGUAGCUGUUAUUAUCAGUACUGGAAUUAACCCAAAGGCCAAAUCUUAUUAUCUCUUUGAUGGUUAUGCGCAUUUGUCAUCUGGGCUUGCUUGUGGCCUUGCUGGUCUUGCAGCUGGAAUGGCCAUCGGGAUUGUUGGCGAUGCUGGAGUUCGGGCUAAUGCACAGCAGCCGAAGCUGUUCGUGGGAAUGAUUCUUAUCCUCAUCUUUGCUGAAGCUCUUGCUCUCUAUGGUCUCAUUGUUGGGAUCAUCCUGUCAUCCCGAGCAGGCCAAUCUCGUGCAGAUUAGAGACAACCUGAGUUUCUCAAAGUUUAUUUUGCCUUUGGGAUAUUAUUUCGUGGAUAUAGCGUCAAAUUCGGAUCAUGUUAAUUGACAUGGCCAUUUAUGAAGGCGGUUCUUUUGUGCCUAGUAUAAAAUAAGGACUGUUUAAUUAAUGAGAUGUGGAUUCAUUUGUCUUGUGAGAUAGUUUAGUUCCCCUGAUACUGUGUGAAUCUGACCAGUAUAUCUGGUUCAAGAUGUCCUUUGUCUGUUGUGAGCAUAAGCAAUGUUAAGAACUAUUGAGGGUUAGGAAGCGGAGGAAGCGAACACUGGAGAUGGAUCUGGAUGGCGUUAUAAGUCUUGGCGCUUUCGAAAUAGACCGUAUUUUUUAAGUCUGAUUUUACUUUAAUUUUAUCCUCUUUUUCCAACUA